ACACACACACACACACACACACACACACACACAUACACACACUCUGUUUCCUCAGUGUCUCUUUCCGAACGUGUCAGUCAGUCGACCAGUCAGUCAAUUAUUUUUGUGUGUGUGUCUGGUGGAGAUGCCUGAAAAAAGCUCUUAGCCUUCAUCUCUAUGACCAACGAUUCUUCAGGACACAAGAACCAGAGACGACAUCAGGGGGACAAACAGUUUCUGGCAGCAGAAAUUCCUCAGUCAUUUCACUGUUUGGUAUCACUUCAGCUGCCGUCUAUGAGCUGCGCCGUGGCAGCAGAGCGGGCUUUCCUACGAUCCUGACACACGGAAAAACCCAGUAAGAGCUCCCUGUAGCGCCAGCAGACGCCAUGUCUUCUCCCUCCCUCCCCAUGCCGUCUCUCCCCCCCAGUCCCCUGGCCAUGGAGUACCUGAACGACUUUGACCUGCUCAAGUUUGAGGUGAAAUCGGACACUCCUCCUCUUCCUCCUCCGUGCCCGUAUCCUAAAUCUGGCCUGCCCCAUGAUCCGUCAAGCUCCCCGUUCACCAGCAACCCUCCACAUGACUCCAGUUUGAGCUCCAGUCCUUACAACUCGCUGCCGCCUUCGCCGACGCUAAGCGACGCCCACCCGCCACCCUCGGGCUCUUCCUCUGUCUCUUCAUCGUCCUCCUCCAUCUCCUUCCCCCUGUCCUUAUCCAACAGCUUCACCUCUGGGAUCAGUUCCGGGUCCCAGGGGAACAUGGAGGGCAGCCCGGCGCAUGGCGGCCCUCAAGGCCCAACUCCCGCCUCUCUCGAGGACCUGAUCUGGCUGGCGGCGCUGCAGCAACAGUUUGGAGGCGAGGUGACGGGGCCCACCACUUUGCUAGGAGCCUUGGGAGGAGUGCCAGAGAGAGGGGAGAGAGAGAGGGGACCGGUGAAUGGCUUUCUGGGCUGCGAGGAUGCCGUGGAAGCCUUGCUGAACUCAGCUGCUGCAGCAGUCAGCUCUCAGUUCCCGGGUCUUUCUCAGAGCUCAACCAGCAACCUGGGGGACUCCAGCAGUGACAGCGGGGGAGACAUCUCCUGCACCAAGGGGGCAGACAUGUGCCAUCGCCCCCUUGUCUUCCUGUCGUCGGCCCCUCCCACACUCCCUAACGGUGCCCCCGCCUCGGUUCCUUAUCCACAGCCACUCAGCCCCCAGGGCCGCCUUCAUCACCACCAGCACCACCAUCAUCAUCCACACCACCCCAUGCACGCCAGCCAUCACCAUCAUCACCAGUCACAAGUCAACCAGCCAUGUGGGGUGAACGAGCGCUUCUCCGAUGAGCAGCUGGUGAGCCUAUCGGUGCGUGAGCUCAACCGGCACCUGCGUGGAGUGAGCAAGGACGAGGUGGUGCGCCUCAAGCAGAAACGCCGCACGCUCAAGAACCGCGGCUAUGCCCAGUCCUGCCGCUACAAGCGCCUGCAGCACCGCCACGCUCUAGAGUCAGAGAAGCAUUUGCUCACACAACAGCUGGAACAGCUACAGUGUGAGCUGAGUCGGGUGCUGAGGGAGAGAGACGCCUACAAGGCUCGCUACGAGAAGCUCCUCAGCACAAACCCAGGAGCUGCCAGCGAGGCCCCGCAGACACGCACCAGCAACCCGCCAUCCCCGCCCCCAGACUACUUCCUCUGAGUUUAGGCGUUUACGAGAGGAGCAAUGACGUCAAGAGACAAGACCAGCCAGCAUGGAGCAAUAAUUGAUGAGUGAUGGCAGUCGGGGGGGGGGGGGGGGGGGGGGGUUAGAACGCAAAGAUCUGUGUGUGUGCGUGGUUGUGUUUAUGUGCGAGAGGCAUUUCAAAGAGAGGCAGUUUCAGGUAGCUCUUAGGCUUUACAACGUUGAAAUACACUCUUUGAGUGACUUAAAGAGAAUUAAGUGAUGCUGUCUGACUACGUAGAUAAAAAGGGUCUUGCAAAAGUUUUCAUAUCCCCUGAACUUUUUUUUUUUUACGUUUUAUCAUAUUAAAAUCAGAAAUGUUGGUGCAUUUUAUUGGGAAUUCUUUUUCUAGACCAACACAAAAUUGUGAGUCAAUGCUCUGUAGGAACCAUUUUUGUCUCUAUCGGCUUGAACUGAAACUUUUCAUUCUUUUUGCGAAACUGUUCAACUCAGGUAAUGACGAACACUGAGUUUUUUAAAACUUUGGCCAGAUUUUUUCUUUUUUUAAAGAAAAUGUAUGUCUAGGCCGUUCUAACAACUAAACAUGCAUCGAUCCAAACCUGUUUGCGUUGUGGCUCCAGCUUUUGCCCCGGUCUCAAGGCUUUUGCAGCCUCCGGCAGGUUGUCUUGCACAAUUGCCCUGCGUUUAGCUCCAUCCGUCUUCCCAUCAGCCCUCACCAACCACUGGUCAAGAUUUUUGGCAGGGAUGCUACAAUUUUUGGGGGGAUCGUUUUUCCAUCCACUUCGAAGGUUGUGAAAAUCUGUAAAAUGCAUUGAAGUAAGUAGUUGUUACAAAAUGUUUUAAAAAAGAAGGGGGCAUUGAUAUUUUUGCAAGGCUCUGAAGAUAAACUAUUCUGAGGAUGCGCGACGAACUCAUGAGAGCUCUUCUGCCUGUGACAUCAGUGCAACAACGUACAAACAAGACUGUGAAAAUGGAUUUUAAGAAAAGCUUUAUAGUCCCUCACACUGCUGAGCAUGGUAUCUAUGCAACAAUAUAAUAUAUCUGCUAUGUAUUUUCCAUAUGUCCAAAUGAGCAAUCAAGGCUCACUGUAGCAUUUUUUUUUCUUCUUAUUUAUUUAUUUUUUUACAAUAUAAGCUGCUAAAGCUGCAGAGGUCUGAGUAGUGCAGUGAUGAUAUGUGGAGUGGUAUGGGAUUGUAUAACGUUUCCAUGGCAUGCAGUUGAAUAUUUGCCAGCUAAUAUUUCACAGUUGCCUACCAAAGUUUUUAAGCUCACCAAAACUUGUUAUUCUUUGUUUUAAGAAAAAAAAAUGAAUAAUCAUAGAUUAAAGAAUGUACAAGGA